CAAAAACCUAUCAAGGAUUCUCGUAUGUAGCUUCGUACACAGACGUGACCUUUGGCGCCCCGUUGGCGUCAUAUACUUCGAUAUGCCGUCUAGAGCUGCUCAUACAAAGUCUCGAAGCGGAUGUUUGAGAUGCAAGCAGCGGCGCGUCAAAUGCGAUGAAGGAAAGCCGUGUCGCGAUUGUCAUCGCCGUGGUGAACUCUGUAGUCUUGUUACAGACCCCAUUUAUAUAGCUAGCUUCAAAGGAGAAUCUUCAGCAAGUGCACCAUCAAGUAGCGCUGGAGCGGCGCCUGCAAGCCCUUAUGGCUCCCAUUCUCCCGCCACUCCUCCACAGCAUCAGGACAUCUUCUCGUUCUUCUCCAACUACACCCCCAAAAUCGUUCCAAGCACCCCUUAUUCGGAUUGGGCUGAGGACUUGCAUCUGAUGGCACACUGGACGGCCGAGACGUGCUUUACAAUGGUCACCACCCGGCCCGCCGCCCAACUUCUAUUCCAGAAAAUAGCUCCAGAGGUCGGAGUGAAGGUUCCUCCACUUCUACAUAUCAUCUUAGCAAUCGCCGCUUCCCAUUUGGCUUAUUUACGGCCUAGUCAACGAGAGCAUUAUUCCAAGCUCUCGAUAAAACACCAACAGCAUACUACGCAACAGUUCCAGACCACAAUACGAGAAAUAACAAAAGAUAAUAUUGUUGCCAUAUUCCUAACAUCGUCGCUGCUCACCGUCGCCUGCGUUGCAAACAUGUCGCUAGCGAAGUACAGUCCGGACCAUCCACCAACCUUAGACGACGUUGUUGCGGUAUUUUUUAUGACCCGUGGAGUUCGCGACGUCCUGCACCCCGUGUACGAUUGGCUCAGUGAGCUAGAGAUAAAACCAAUACUUGAGCCAGUUCUCGACAAUUACACGUUAGACGGAAACGAGAAUUACGAGCUGCCACCAAUUCUCGCCAAUAGGAUGGACGUGCUCCGCAGAGACCUUCUUGAUAAACAUGGUAGCUACCACGAUGCAAGCAAAGAAGCUUGUCAUUUCGCCAUCCUCGAGCUUGAAAAGGUGCUUCGCGACAUAGCGCACUUCCCACCGUCAGGGGUUGGAGUCUUCAAUCCAGAUUUUCGCCGUCGCAAAGACAUUGAGCUCGGUGUUUUGAUGAAAUGGCAGACAACUGUAAGCGCAACGUUUGUAAAUUUGAUGAAGAAAAGGCAUGUGGGUGCGUUAGUUGUUCUCGCCCAUUGGGUCAUGCUUACGAAACACUUGGCGCCGAAGUGGUUUUUGGAAGGCUGGAUGGAAUCAGCCUUUGAACAAAUAAGAAAUGCAUUGAAAGAGGAGGAUCGACACUGGCUGGAUUGGCCGGAAGAGUACGCCAGUCAACCUUGAAAGAUGGACUUGAGCUCCACUAUUAAAUUCUGAGGCAAUGGUUAUGAACAGUGCAUAAUAGAACAGAAUACCUAUUCACGCCAAGCUUUUUGCAUAAUACGACGUGAC